CUCUUGCUCUUUCUGCGGUACCACAGGCAGCUUCCUCCUCUUGCCCAGUCCUGUAGGGGCAGCUCUGUAAGGUCCCAUCUUUGUGCAGUCCUCUACACUCAGUAGGUGUGAGCUGUGUAUCACAGCACAGCUCCGCAGCCGCUUCUGGGAUUGUGUCCCCCGAGGAUCCACCCAUCUCAGGAGGGACCACGGAGCUCGUAUAGCCUUUGGCCUGAGCCCCCAUUACUGAGAGAGAAGGAGUCUGUCGCCAAGGACUCCAAGGGGAGUGGAUUCUGCUUCUGGUUCAGACCCAAGGCACCCAGCCCUCCUGGAGACAUUGUCUGAGUCGGGCUGGGCCUCCAGACACACAGCCCCUGGCGCCCCACCCCAGCCAGGGUGGUGCUUGUGUGGGAAGGCCUUUAAGUCCAGCCGCCAGACCCCUGACGGGGAGAGGCAGAGGGCUGGCCACCAUGCACAGCUCCUGCAGCCCGUGGGUGACUCCGCCGCUGCUCCUCCUGCUGCUGACUGCCACCGGCCCCACCACAGCCCUCACAGAGACUGAGAAGCAAACCAUGGUGGAUCUUCACAACUACUACCGAGCACAGGUGUCCCCGCCAGCCUCGGACAUGCUGCAGAUGAGGUGGGACGACGAGCUGGCCGCCUUCGCCAAGGCCUACGCUCAGAAGUGCGUGUGGGGGCACAACAAAGAGCGCGGGCGGCGCGGAGAGAACUUGUUCGCCAUCACGGACGAGGGCAUGGACGUGCCGCUGGCCGUGGGGAACUGGUACGAGGAGCACGAGUAUUACAACCUCAGCACGGCCGCCUGCGAUCCUGGCCAGAUGUGCGGCCACUACACUCAGGUAGUGUGGAGCAAGACCGAGAGAAUUGGAUGUGGCUCCCACUUCUGCGAGACUCUCCAGGGAGUGGAGGAGGCUAACAUCCACUUGCUGGUGUGCAACUACGAGCCCCCGGGGAACGUGAAGGGCCGAAAGCCCUACCAGGAGGGGACUCCUUGCUCCCAGUGCCCUCUUGGCUACAGCUGCGAGAACUCUCUCUGUGAGCCCAUGAGAAACCCGGAAAAGGCGCAGGAUUCGCCCCCAAGGGUGACCGAGGUCCCUUCCACCCGUGCACCAGAAGUCCCAAGCUCCAGGGAAACCGGUACUCCAUCCCUAGCAACCUCUGAGACUCUACAUUUCUCCUCGGUAACAAAGGUCUCGGAUUCCCUGGCAACCGAGUCCUCACCUGCGCUAGAAACAAAGGCCUCAUCUUCCUUAGCAACCGAAGGCCCCUCCUCCAUGGCAACGGAGGCUCAGUCUUUUGUAACUGAGGUCCCCUCGGUUUCUGCAACGCACAUCCAGCUCUCACUGGAUGAAGGGCUAGUUAACUUCCUCACAUCAACACACAUCCCUGUCCCCACACCUACGGACAAAGAAGCCAGCAAGCCGAGCGCACCCUCCGUGAGCCCAGAGAAACCCCUGCACCCCAAGAUGUCCCUGACAGAGACAGGAGAAUCCCUACCCCAAAUCCAGGAGGAGUCUGAGCCCAAGGCCGAGUUGCCUAAGCCAGAGGCCGAGUUGCCUAAGCCGGAGGAGGCCGAGUCGCCCGAGGCCGCGGCAGAGUUGUCUGUUUCCAGUGAGGCUUUGGUCCCAGUUCUUCCAACCCAGGAGCACGGUGGGCAGAAGGCCUCACUGGAACACUCUGACCACCCUGCUGCCACAUCCCUGCCCAACCUCCCUAGUGCCUCAGGUAAUGCCACAGGUGGGCGCACCCUGGCCCUACAGUCAUCCUGGACAGGUGCAGAGGACCCCAAAAAGGCCGGCAGGGAUUUGAGGAGUUCCGCUCACGUGUUGGGUCCUUUCCUGGGACUGCUGCUGCCUCCCUUGCUGCUGGCUGGCCCAUUCUGAGGGGGACACCCAAAGACCUGGGAGAAGAGGUCAGCUGCCCAACUGCUGUGUCCUCCUAUCCUGUCCCUCAAACAAGACACCACCGCCUGGCUAAAGCCCCUCUGGAAGGGAA